AUCAUGGCUCUUUUUCACUUGCUCCUCUUUGCCGGGUUAUCACUGUCGGUGUAUGGAGGCUUUUACCAGGGACCUUUACAUCCGGAGAUGUCUAAUGGCACUUUCCAUCAUUAUUUCGUGCCGGACGGCGACUACGAGGACAACGACGACCCGGAGAAGUGCCAGAUGCUUUUUAAAAUGAAAGACGAGCGAAAGUGCAGCCUCGGUGAGGACCAGGACGCCGUCAUACGGGAUGAUUUCACUAUCAUCAAGAGGCAGAUCGAGGACUCUGCCAGGGUGCUGGAGGGGAUCGGGAAAAGCAUCUCAUACGACCUGGACGGAGAGGACAGCUACGGGAAGUAUUUGCGGAGGGAGACAACCCAGAUAAACGAGGCGUUUACAAACUCGGAGAAAUCUCUGCUGGAGCUCGAGGUGAAAUUCAAACAGAGCCAGGAGAGUGAGCUGAAGGAGGAGCACCGGCUCAAUGACGACUUUCUUAACAUGAUAGUGCACACGCGGGACGUCCUGAAGGAGACGUUGGACAUUUCUCUGGGCCUGAAGGACAAGCACGAGCUCCUGUCUUUGAUCAUCCGCAGCCACGGCACGAGACUGAGCAGACUGAAGAACGAGUACCUCAAGUUCUGA